CGCACGUGACGCCCAAACUCUACCCCGUGAUUUCCCACCCACUCACGAUCAGCUCCCCGCCUCAACUGCGAGGCACAUGUGUCUUCCGCUCUAGUCACCAGACUCCGUAGCUUCCACCGUGUCCUGUUAAUCAAUCUGCAGUUGGCAGCAGUGGACCCGCACCCCGGCGGUUAAUAUGGAAAGCGGGAAAACGGUGCGGCCGCGUCUGCGAACUACCGAUUAUGGCAGGUUUCGAGAAGAACGCGAAGAAAAGGACAGAGAUGCAUGUGGCUACAAGCUCCGGGGCAUUGGGGGAGCUUGGGGUAGAAAAGUUGGACGUAGCCCGUUUAUUCGGGGAGCAUUUGCUCUACAGUACUAUUCAACUAUACCCACCUCUCUAAGCAUACCUCAAAGCGAAAACAAAACGCAAUCCUCAAAAUGCGCUUCACCCUCCUCCCCCUCCUCGCCGCGGCAGCCCUCGCCUCCUCCGACUCCUCCGCCCCCGCCUCAGAAGAAUCCCCCAAACCCGCCGAUCCCACGCCUGCCGGCGAAAUCUGGGCUGCAAAAUGGACCGACGCGGACCUCACCUCCUACACCAAGCACUGCGCCAGCAGCUCCACCCUCAAAGCGCAGAUCUACACGCUCGGGGAGAUGUACCCCACGCUCAAGGAGUGGGCGCCGCAGCUCAAGGUGUUUUACAACAAGCAGCUGUACCCCGGGUCGUGGGAGGGCAAGGAUGCGCACGGCGAGGGGAGGGAGUUGUUGAAGAUGGCGUAUGAGGAGUUGCCGUUUGCGGUGCGGGAGUGGUUGACCAAGAACCCCAAGCAGCGCCACUUCAGCGUGCAAGACGACAUCGUGUUCUUCGCGCCGGGUGCCAUCUAUCCGAUCCUCCCGCUCUUCGUCGAGGAGCCCGAGAGCGAUAAAAUCUCCGACUGUGAGGGGUUGUACGAGGAUCUUGAGAACUACAGCGCUGAGCCGAAGGAAGGCGUUGUGCUGGGAAAGGUGGCACACAAGACAUUGGGGAAGAAUGAGGUGGAGAUUACGCUGAAUGCGUUCCAAAUCAAGGGAGCGGCGGGGAGUAAGGAUGAGUUGUAGUGUUGCCAGGUACGAGGUCAGGUUGGGAGAGUUGGGGCGUUUGGUAUAGUUAGACUUUCCUCGUGUAUAUAGCUUCCUCUUUGGUUUUUGGUGGAGACAUAUGGUUGACACGAACG